GUUGGUGAGGACGGAACGAGGCCCUACCACAGUUAACAAUUCGUUGGGCCCUACUCUACUUUUUUUGUCCCCGCAUUCAGGAUGGCUGAUGCGUUGAUAAAUCUUUUCGUUGCUGCUGGCUUAAGUGCUCAAAAGGCAAAGGAAACAGCUAAAAAUGAAAUUUUGUCAAAAGAGUUCAAGAACAACAUUGAAAAGGCAAAGCAAGCCAAUGGUGAAGGAGAGAUCGACAAGUCUGUUGGUAAUCUGCUUUACCAUGUCAGCACCAGACUAAAGGAUAAGAAGAGGACAGAUUUCAUGAUCCGCUACAUCGCAGCUAAGAAGAUAAACUCUGAAGUACAGCUGACUGCUGCUCUGGAAUAUCUGAAAUGUAAUCCUGUGGAUCCUAUCAAUAUAGGAGACUUUGAGAAAGCUUGUGGAGUAGGAGUAGUCGUUGAACCUGAGGAUAUUGAGGAUGAGGUGAAUAGUUCAGUUGUACUUGUAUAA